UGCAUUGCUAUUUGUUUAUGAUGAUGUUUAUUUAUGAUGAACUGUGUGUGUGUUAUGCUUUUCAGCCAUUUUCAAAGCACUUCCUUAAAAGAACUCUAAACUCAUAAUGCAUGUGAAACAUAGCUUAAACGUGUUUCUAAACAGCAUGCGUGAUCUUAUUCUUAACUUUUAUUAAUGUAAAAUGUUUUUUUGUUUUGCAAACUUAAGUUGACCUAAAUUCUGGCCUUGUUGUGGUUUGGGAGUCUCACCCUUAUGUUCAGUCAAGGCCUGUUUUUAACAUGCUUUUGAAUGUCAGAACGUGGCUUAUCCAGCUCUACUCUGUCUCAUGCAUGGCAUUUUGAAAAGCAACCUGUUUCCAUGCAUUGAAAGCCAUAAGGAUUGCAAAUAAACCCAGAGACUAAGUGACCCCUGCUGUUUUAGCCCGAUAUGUCUGAGAGUUUUAUAUCGGGCCAGACCUCGGAGGACCUGCUGGUGGAUUUUGAGUCUCUCUUGAACAGUGGCAGCAUCGAUCUCAGUGAAGAUCAUCAAAUCGUCAUCAUCUCCACUCCUGGCACGGCCACGGCCAGCACUGCAGCCGGCAACAUCUUGCUGUUUGCCACCCCUCAUCACACCACCACUGCCACCACGACCCAGCCAGACCACCGGAGACCCACUUUGGGCCGCCCGCCGGUGAAGAGGAAGUUGGAUUUGGACAGCGAUCAUCAGUACAUUUGCACAUCCCGACCUGCUUCACAUGGACCAGAACCUCCAGCCACACCUGCGCCUCCCAGAGUGCCGAAAGUGGCUACGGAGAAGUCCCGCUACGACACGUCUCUGAAUCUGACCACCAAACGCUUCCUGGAUCUCCUGGCUCAGUCUCCAGACGGCGUGGUCGACCUCAACUGGGCCUCUCAGGUGCUGGACGUCCAGAAACGGCGCAUCUACGACAUCACCAACGUCCUGGAGGGAAUCCACCUGAUCUCCAAGAAGUCCAAGAACAACAUUCAGUGGCUGGGGAACCGUAUCGACGGGGCGUCCGUGGCCAGGUUUCAGGCGCUGCAGAGAGAAGUUUCUGAGCUGACGGAGGCCGAGGAGAAACUCGACGAGCUCAUUAACAAAUGCAGCUUACAGCUACGGCUCCUCACUGAGGACACGCACAACAAGAAGCUGGGAUACGUUAGAUGUCUGGACCUGCGUAACACUGUGAACCCGCCGGAUCAGAUCAUCAUGGUGAUUCGAGCUCCGCCGGAGACGCAGAUGCAGGUGUCUGAACCCACUGAGGGUUACCAGAUUUCACUCAAGAGCUCCAAAGGCCCGAUCGACGUGUUUCUGUGUCCCGAGGACAGUUCUGGGGUCUGUAGUCCCGUCACUGAUUGUAGUCCAGCGAAAUCAUCUGAGCCCGUCUCACAGGAAGUGACAUCAUCAACGCCUGCUACUCUCCCCAGCUCCUCCCCUCUGCCUCUGGGUGCAGACUCAGAGGCAUUUCUGGACUCGGACCCGUUUUCCGGCAUUUGCGAGAUGCCAGAUUUCGAUUUGUCUCCUUUGGACUCAUCUGACUUCCUUCUGGAGCGGGGCGGCGCGGCGGACGCCAUCGGCCUCCCGCUGGACGGUUUCAUCUGUCUGUCUCCGCCGCACAACCAGGACUAUCACUUCGGCCUGGAGGAUCACGAAGGCGUCAGCGAGCUGUUCGACUGCGACUUCAGUGACCUCGGCCCUCUGGAGUUCUGACAGACGGAUCCGAGUAUUGGUUUGCCAGUGUGAA